GCAAAAUGGCACAAUCAAGUUCCGUCGUUGGUUCUGGCACCACAUCAAGUGUGGUAUCCCUUAAAGCUUUCCACAGGAUAAAUUGGGCAGUAUUUGCUGUCUGUUUCACUGCUUUCGCUUCGCGAAUCUAUAUCCGUUUCCAUUGCUUUCGCCGUUUGCUUGUUGAUGACUGGAUCAUGAUGUUUGCUUUCGCACUUCUGCUCUCUGUGAUAGCUAUUGGUCAAGCUUUCCUGGACGAUGUGUACAAAGAAAUAGAAUUCGAAAAUGGACGACUACUACCAGACGAAACCCUUCCGAGGAUCGUAGAGCGCGGCCUACAUGGAUUUGGCGCGGCCGGAUUGAUCUCACUUAUCGGCAUAAGUGCAAUCAAAAUCAAUUUUCUCGUUUUUUUCAAGCGACUAGGAACCCGAAGGCCUUCCUAUCAUGUAUUCUGGUACAUUGUGUUGUUCCUUACCCUGGCUUGUGGAUCAGUCAAUAUUGGAUUGGUUGUCUACGAGUGCGUCUUCACGACAUUUGGUUAUUUAAUGAAGCAUUGUUCGUCGCGAAGUAUACUAUUAAGGUAUUACAACUUUCAGAAGGUUUCUGUUAGUCUAGACGUCUUUUCUGAUGCGCUGAUUGUCAUAUUUCCUAUCGUUAUACUAUGGAACGUGCGCAUCGGGCAGCGGAAGAAGAUAAUCCUGUCUUGCACUUUCGGUCUAGUGGCGCUUACUAUCGCGGUUACAAUAGUAAGAGGGAGCAUAUUUGGAGGAGCGUAUAAGACCUUCGACAGCCAGGCCAAGACCCUCAACAUUGCUUGGAUGUGGUUCUGGCUAUUCAUUGAAUUCUCUGUCGCUUUCUUCAUUGCCUGUUUGAUCUCGUACCGGGCGCUGUUUACUCAAGUGCGAUUUCAACAUUUGGCCAUACAAGGACAACUAGACUCAUCAAACUCUACAUCAUGGAAAAGCUCCAGCCUGUUUCGCCGGGCAGGAUAUCUGCAUAAUAGUCUACUUCGUACUUUCAAGGAAUUAGAGACUGGAGACCCGCUGCGACUACCAGAGCCAGAGUCAGGAAGGUUCAGCCCUACAUUCCUUGCGGAGAUUGAGAAUGCCCAUAGUGAGGAAAGAGGUAUCGGAGCAUAUCAACUAGAAGAUAUGGCGAAACGAAAGAGUACUGGGUGA